CCGCCUCCUGAUCGCCAUCACAACUUGAACAAUGACCAUCACCAUGCUGGAGGAAAGAAAUUACUGUCAUUUCUACCUCGUUUGGUCAGGUGCUGUCAGGUGCUCGCCUUCCCUUGAUGCAUGAGGCAGACUACCAGUUCUUCCAACACGACCAUGGCCAUGGACGCGUCAUCCGUCAGCGACGACUUUUCCGACUACGAUGUCAUCUCGAACUCUGGCUUGGAUUCGAGCCUCGCGGAUCUAUCUCUAGCAAUGUCGGAGCCACCUCCGACCCAGGAGGCACGAGAUCGCUUCAACACUGCUACCUUGUCUCCGGAGGAUAUCCAGAAAUGGACGCGAGAAUCUGAGGGCAAGAUAAAGCAGAGGAGCAGUUCAGCAGACCAGCGCACCGUCAGAGUCUACGUCGACGGUGUGUUCGAUAUCUUUGGCGUCGGCCACGCGCUGCAGCUUCGUCAAGCAAAACUUGCAUUCCCCUCGGUGCAUCUCGUCGUUGGUGUCUUUUCCGACGAGCUGUGCAGCUCUUAUGGGUCGCCAGCCAUUUUCCCACACGUUGAGAGGUGCGAGGUUGUCAGACAUUGUCGAUGGGUCGACGAGGUCAUUGGAGAUGCACCGUGGCGGGUCGACGAGCACCUUUUGUCGAAGAGAAGAAUCGACUAUGUCGCCAUUGAUGAAGGUAUCACCGUGGAUCCCAAGUACGACUCCGUUCGAGUGAAGGGAUACGACGAAGUCAAGAAAUUGGGGAAAGUCAUUCACACAAGGAGAACCCAUGGCCUGACUGCCCACCCUUUAUCGAAAUCAUUGUCGACACCAGGACCGCCAACACAUAUUCCGGUACAACCAACGAGUCUAUUAUCCUUACCCACACCUACGCCGGAAGGUCAGAUCGGUCAGAACCGAUACAUCUGUAACAAUACAAUUAUGCCACACAUUCUGUAACUAGUCAAACCAACUUCUUUCUCGUAGACAGACUACAAUGCAGACCCGUCGAUGGGAGAGGUUUCCUGUAUGUAGUCUGUUGUUUAUGUAUCCCUAUAGCGCGAUUUCAUACGGGUUCCUCAUUCUUUACUAGCACUUUGACCAGUUGUUUCUGACAGUAACGCCACGGGGUUUUAGAAAUUUCUCAUUAUGUGCUCUAGUUGGCGGACAACUGGGAAGAAAUUAAAAAUACGGCAGAUAAGUACGUAUGCCAUUACUUUGC